UAAUCGAAGGUUAUUAUUGUACGUCUUCGGUUCAUCGGUCCGGUGUCGUUAUUGGUCAGUUCCCGCACGCAGCGGUGUUGUUUGCAUUCAAAUUGUUUUAUAUCAAUAAACAUAACUAUUAAAUAAAAUCGUUGUAUUUUCUUUGAAUAAUUAUUAUCUCAUAGUUAUACGUACAUUUAUUUAAUAAAUUCAAAGUGACAAACAAAUAAACUAUACUAUUAUGGUUUAUGAAACGUCAUAUGAUACUCGCUUAAAGCCUUUUAAUCAUGAUAAAACGCGUGGUAAAUGGUCAACACCAAGUGAUUUUUUAUUUGCUUGUCUCGGACACGCGUUUAAAGUUGAUGCUAUUUUUGUUUUACCGGCAAUGUUAUUCUAUGAUCUGGGAAUUUAUUCACUAAUUCCAUACUUAAUUACACUGGUCGUUUGCAUCGUACCCAUUGUUUUCAUGCAAACAUUUCUUGGACAAUUCUCAAGCACUGGUUUUAUAUCAGUAUUUCGAAUUUCACCAAUCUUCAAAGGCAUUGGAUAUGUUUCUUUGAUUAUCAACUUAGUAUGCUUAACUUAUUAUGCAAUUCUUGGAGCAAUACCACUAUUUUUCUUUUUUCAUACUUUAACACCAACAAUACCUUGGAGUUGUGAGGGAUCUAAAAGUUGGAUGAUAAUAAAUGAAAAUUCUACUUCAAUUUGCACGUAUAACAGCAACACAUCUUAUAGCAGACUUACAACACUUGAAAUACCUUCUGUUGAAUUCUUCAAUAUGGAACUGGAGACAGCGAGAAUGUACCACAACACCCCUCCAGAGGGUCGAUUUUCAUGGUUCUUGAUGAUAUGUUCUUUUCUUAUAUGGGUCUCGGUUGCCAAAGUUGCUAUAAACCCAAUUGAAUCAAUAGGAAAAAUCCUCCGAUAUUCUUGUACAACAGUCUUAUCAAUAAUGGGACUGUGCUUAUUAAGAUUUAUUUUUCUACCAGGAGCCUUAGAUACUUUUAAAUAUGCUUUCAAGCCCGAAUUUUCAAUUGGUAAAUCACUAUUUGUGGUGCCAUUUCUGGCUUUUUCAGCCCUUGGACCUGGAUGGGGGUCAGUGUUGACUAUGGCAAGCUAUAAUAAGUUCGAUACGAAUAUAUUUCGAUACAGUUGGCUAUUAUGUUUAUCACAAGCUGGAAUUUUGACAGGAUUAGCAUUUUUAUCAAUUUUUAUGAUGAGUUUUAUAGCAAAAUACGAUCCAUAUAAUAUUGGAUACAAUUUUAUUCAUUCACAAUGGAUGGAGCUUCUGACAAUUCCAACUGGAUUGACAUAUUUAGAACUACCUCAUGUUUGGUCGUUGUUAUUUUUUUCAAUGAUAAUUCUUGGAGUUUUGAAUCUUUUGAUUGUUCAACUUCUUUCUGUGCUGUCUUCUGUGUUCGAUGAGUUCGAAAUACUUCGAGGUUAUAAAAAAGAAUUCACUCUGGCAACAAUCGUUUUUAUGGCAUUAACAUCAAUUCUAUUUUGUUCCAACCACGGAAUAACCUUCGCUGAAGGACUUAUGCAAAUUUCAGUUCUAAGCCAGAUGAUCUUAAAUUUACUACUCUUGAUAGUGAUCGUUUGGAUUUAUGGACGUGAGAGAUUCCAGAGAGAUGUUUCAUUUAUGACAAAUCAAAUGUAUUCCACAUGGAUGAUAAAUAUUUUGAGAUAUGUUGCUCCAUUAUUUAUAGCAUUGGUUUUUCUCUUGGCACUUGCAUAUGUGUUCAUAUAUGAAGUUCAUGUUGGAAAUUGGGCUAUGAUUUUGCUAUUGACUGCAAUUGCAACUCUUCCAUGGACAUUCUUACCGGGAUAUUGUAUAUUUAAGACACUUCAAACCAGAGGAUUGUUGGUAAGACGUUUGAAAAGAAGUGUUAGACCUACUGAUUGGUAUCCAGUUGAUCCAGUUGAUAGACGAAUUUAUGAGGAGAGGUUCAAUGAAACACAAGCGGCUUCUCAUAAUCUUUUCACAGAGAUAACUACUGAAUAAAUUCGCAAUUUCUCAACUGAUUUUGUGUCAUAUAU